AUGGGAAUCAGAAAGCCAUCCAAAAGCAAGCUUCGACGUUUGUCAAAGAGAGCAGAAAAAGAAAACGAUGCAGUAGCACCCGUUGAUCAAGUAGCCGAUGCCGAGAUCGACAGCGAAGACGACGAAGCACCAGAGGCUGUUCCUUUAGAACAAGGUAGUGAUGUCCAGGACGACGACGACAACGACGGCGAAGGUGCAGACGAAGAACUUGACGACGACGAUGAAGUUGACGAAUUAGAGUCGGACGAACAAGUGCAAGCGUCAGAGAAAGAAACGCGCCCUCGAAUUAACGAUGAGGAAGCUAUGGUUCGAAUUACAGACGAAUUCAAUUUGAAAAAGUUACCCUGGAUUGAAACAAUGACAGUAACCUCUUCGAAACCUGUCGAGAUCACCGAUAUCAACGAUGACAUGGCACGAGAAUUGGCGUUCUACGAACAAGCGCUGGAGGCUGUCAAGAUUGGCAGAGAAAAGGUGCUGGAAGCAGGCCUGCCGUUCUCUCGACCUGAUGAUUAUUUUGCUGAAAUGGUCAAGAGCGAAGAGCACAUGGCAAAGGUUCGACAAAAGUUAUUGGAUGAAUCGGCACAACUCAAAGCAUCCGAGGAUGCAAAGCGUCAACGACUUCUCAAGAAGUACGGCAAGAAGGUGCAGGUUGAAAAGCAGUUGGAGCGACAAAAGCAAAAGACCGACACGCUUGACAAGAUCAAGCUGCUCAAGCGAAAGCGGAAGGACGGCGGGCAAGACCUUACUGUCAAUGAUGAUUUUGAUAUUGCACUAGAAAAGGCCGACAAUAGCAGCAGCAGCAAGAAGCAAAAGACGGGCAAGGGAGAAAAGUCAGUGAACAAGAAGCGAGAGACCAAGAACACCAAAUAUGGCUUCGGCGGCAAGAAGCGCAACAACAAGUCCAACACGGCUGAAUCUUCGGCAGAGCUGGGCAACUUCAACAAGAUGAAGGGCAAGCCCAUCUACCUUGGCAAGGGCAGAGGAAAGGGCAAAGGUCGCAAGUAA